UGGAAAUACGUCUCAUUGCGUCAUCACGGUUAUCAAUAGACGCGAUGAAGUUUUAUUAAAUUAAGCAACAAUUUGUUAAUUUUUAGCAACUUCAGCCACUCGGCUUGAAAAUGUCGUCGUCAGCAAUAUAUAUAUUAGACGUGAAAGGCAAAGUCCUUAUAUCACGCAAUUAUCGCGGCGAUGUAGACAUGAGUGUCAUAGACAAAUUUAUGCCCUUACUGAUGGAGAAAGAAGAAGAAGGAAUGCUGAGCCCGUUGUUACAGACUAGCGAGUGCACCUUUGCUUAUAUUAAAACAAACAACCUCUAUAUUGUAUCAACUACGAGAAAAAAUGCUAACAUUGCUCUAGUGUUUGUUUUUCUGUAUAAAAUUGUAGAAGUCAUGACAGAGUACUUCAAAGAACUUGAAGAAGAGAGUAUUCGUGAUAAUUUUGUUGUAAUUUACGAAUUGCUGGAUGAGCUUAUAGAUUUCGGAUAUCCUCAGACAACUGAUAGCAAAAUCUUGCAAGAAUAUAUUACACAGGAAGGUCAUAAAUUGGAAAUGCAACCAAGAAUUCCAAUGGCUGUAACAAAUGCUGUCUCAUGGAGAUCUGAAGGCAUCAAGUAUCGGAAAAAUGAAGUCUUUUUAGAUGUAAUUGAAUCAGUAAACUUAUUAGCAAACUCGAAUGGCAAUGUUUUACGAAGUGAAAUAGUUGGAGCAAUUAAAAUGCGAGUAUAUUUAUCUGGUAUGCCAGAAUUGCGUCUUGGGUUAAAUGAUAAGGUUCUAUUUGAAAGUACUGGUAGAGGAAAGUCCAAGUCUGUGGAGUUGGAAGAUGUAAAGUUCCAUCAGUGCGUGAGACUAUCUAGAUUUGAAAAUGAUAGAACCAUUUCUUUUAUUCCACCUGAUGGUGAGUUUGAGCUGAUGUCAUAUAGAUUGAACACUCAUGUGAAACCAUUGAUUUGGAUAGAAUCUGUAAUUGAACGUCAUGCACAUUCAAGAGUUGAGUAUAUGAUCAAAGCAAAAUCUCAAUUCAAAAGACGUUCGACUGCAAAUAAUGUUGAAAUAAUUAUUCCCGUCCCGGCUGAUGCAGACUCACCUAAGUUUAAAACAACUAUUGGCAGUGUAAAAUACACACCUGAACAAAAUGCUAUAACAUGGUCAAUUAAAUCAUUCCCUGGAGGGAAAGAGUAUUUAAUGCGAGCUCACUUUGGCUUGCCAUCUGUGGAAUGUGAAGAAGUUGAUGGAAAGCCUCCAAUUCAAGUGAAAUUUGAAAUUCCUUAUUUCACUACUUCUGGAAUACAAGUUAGAUAUUUGAAGAUUAUUGAGAAGAGUGGCUACCAGGCACUGCCUUGGGUCAGAUAUAUCACACAAAAUGGUGACUAUCAAUUGCGAACCAAUUAAAAUAAUUCAUUUUGCAAAAUAACAUUCCUUCUAUUUAUAUCUAAUCUAUUUUUAAGUACCACUGUAGUGUAUUGAGCAUCAGCAUCGUUUAAUUGUUUUUAUUAUUUGAAAGUAUUAGUCUUAUAAUUAAU